AUGAUCAAAAAUCGAGUGCGUUGUGCAUCGAUUGUAUUAGGUGUUCUUGGUGUGGGAUGUUUAGUCGCUGGUGUUCUUCUUAUCGUGAUUGGAGAUUCAGUUGUAGACAAAAUGAUUGAAAAAGAAUGCCAAUUACGAGAAGGAACAUUGUUGUACAAGAAUUGGCUUUCACCUCCUAUCACAAUCUACAUGUCAGUCUAUGUCUUUGAUCUUACAAAUCCUGUUGAAUUUCUCAAUGGGGCCAAACCACUUCUUAUCGAACAUGGUCCAUUUGUGUACAAAGAACAGCGAACAAAAACCAAUCUACGCACCUAUGAAAAUGAAACAUUAUCGUAUCAAGAACCUCGCCAAUAUAUAUUCGAUCGGUCACAAUCUGCUUAUGAUGAAACAUUCAAGUUUACAACAAUCAAUGUUAUCUAUAUGACACUAGUCAAUUUAUUACAGAUGGAUAGAAUACCGAAUGUCUACCGUAGUAUUGUAGCAGAUGUUGUAGCAACGAUAGAAAAACCGCUGAUGACACGUUCAGUACGCGAAUAUCUAUGGGGUUAUCAAGAUCCUCUGUUGCAUAUCUUCAAAAAAAUACUACCUGAAAUCGUAUUGGAUGAUCAAAUAGCUUUGUUUGGUUCUGCUGUGUAUUUAUUCGCCUAUGAUACAUACUUGAUUAAAAAUGGCGUAGGACGAAGCAGUCAAGUUGGUAUAAUCGAAAGAUUUAAUUAUUCAACAAGUUUACCCAUAUGGUCGGACCCAUAUGCUAAUAUGAUCAAUGGAACUGAUAGUACAGUUUGGCAUCCUAAUGCAAGAAAAGACGAACGCUUUUAUGCAUAUAUUCGAGAUAUUUGCCGAUCAGUCUAUUUGACUUUUAAUGAGACACGAAGAAAUUUUGCUGGCAUUGAUCUGUAUCAUUAUACACUGCCAGAAACCAUAUUUUCAAACUCGACUGACAAUCAAGGUUUCUGUAUGAAUGCUACUACUGCCAAUAAGACGCAUGCAUUGCAUUGUUUGCCGAGUGGUCUCUUUACUCAGACCCCAUGUCAGCAUUUUAGUUCUGUGACCAUUGAUUUUCCAUUGCCCAUCAUUGCAUCGAAUCCACAUUUUCUUGAUGCCGACCCUAUUGUAUCGAAUGCUGUUGAUGGUAUGCAUCCUGAUAGUGAAUUGCAUCGAAGCUUUGGAGAUGUUGAACCAAGAACAGGAAUCAUUAUGAAUGGAUCCCGUCGCUUACAAUUCAAUAUGAAUGUAGUCAACGAUUCGUCAAUCAGUUUGCUCUCUAAUAUUCGUCCAGUAUUCUAUCCAAUGUUCUGGGGCAGUGAACAUGCUGCAAUUGAUGAGCCCACUGCGAAAGUAUUUCGGAAUUUCGUUGUUAUACCGCUUUUGAUUUUGACUAUUCUCAAAUACCUGCUAGUAGGCAUUGGUAUUUGUUGCUUAAUAGCUCUGUGUAUCAUACUUGUUGUACAUCGACGUCGAAAACAAACGACAACCGUUGACUUUUCAUCUUCAGUUGCGAAUGAAACUUCACCAUUACUCAACUGA